UCACGUGUCUGUAUACGUCAGGGGUCAUAGUAGCAGGAGAAGGAGACAAGAUGGCAGCCUCGGCUAAGAAAGUGUUGGAGGUGUUUGUGUCUAAAAUCCCCUGGACUGUAGCUGGCAAGGAGAUGAAGGCGUAUUUUGGACAGUUUGGUCCAGUGAAGAGAUGCGUCCUUCCAUUUGACAAAGACACUGGUUUCCAUAGAGGGUUCUGCUGGGUUUUAUUCUCCACAGAGGAGGGACUAAACAACGCGCUGCAGAAGGACCCCCACAUUCUGGAAGGAGCAAAGCUUCUUGUUCAGAGGAACAGACGUCCCUUUGAAGGACAGAGGUCCAACAAAGAUGGAGACUUUGACUGAAGCUUGGUGGUUCUACUGAGCAGAUGAGACCAAACAUGUUGUUUUCUUUGUUGGAACGCUUCAUUCCUCCUGCUUUAUAUCUGAAUGAACCAUUCAGACAGAAGCAGGAUCAAUGUGUCUGCAUGGAGUCCAGCGUCAGGAAAGAUUUCUUCAUUAUUCAGACUCACUUGAACUGAGCCUAAAUGUUACUGUCAGUUUAUUCACUAAUAAAUUCUGUAUUUAUUGUGAGAAAAAAUGCUCUCCAUCACAUACUGUCAGUUGCUUUAAUCAAUAAAAAUGUUUAUUGCUAUUUUA